CCACCACUCUUCCUCUAUUCUUCUCAAACAACAAUAAACAAACAUCCUCCAGCAGCAGCAAUGACUCUGGGCUUAAUAAACGCAAAUCCAAUUGUACGUGAAAAGAAAGAGAGAAUCACCCGACCGGAUCAUGUUCAUCUUCACUCUAAUGAUCACGAGGCCCUUGAUCCUCUUGACAUCUAUGAUAUUGUGAGAGACAUUAGAGAUCCGGAGCACCCGUACUCGUUGGAACAGUUGAGUGUUUUGUCGGAGGACUCCAUCACCGUCGAUGAGAAGCUCGCCAGGAUACUGAUAACCUUCACCCCAACCAUUCAGCACUGCAGCAUGGCAACAGUCAUUGGUCUAUGCCUUAGAAUCAAACUCAAGGAUUGUUUCCCUCCACAUUUUAAGGUGGACAUCAAAGUAGCUCCCGGAUCCCAUGCUGAUGAAGAAGCAGUUAACAAGCAGUUGAAUGACAAGGAAAGAAUUGUGGCUGCCAUGGAGAAUCCUAACCUUAGGCAACUUGUUGAUGAGUGCCUUUACUCAAGUGAACUCUAAAUCACUACCGGCUUUGUUGUACAGUAAGCUUUGUGUUCAGCUUUUUGAACAAACAAAUGUUAUAUCUUGUUAUGAAACAAAAAUGGUCUUUUUGUGACUUUGGGGCAGUAGAUGACAAUUCACUGUUAUGUUUUGUAACGUCCUACAAUCAACCGGGGUUAUUUGGUGCAA